AUGGCCCAGAAGCACCCCGGAGAAAGACAGUCGUGUGGAGCCCACCACGGUGGUGGUGCCUCGCUCGGGACUUUAGGACCCUCUCUGGACCCUGAAAUACUUUCAUUCUCAGGACUCAGGGACUCAGCGAGGCCUGCUCCAAAUGGUACCCGCUGCCUCACAAAGCACUCUAGUCCUAAGUACACACAGCCCCCAAACCCAGCCCACUGGUCGGAUCCAAGCCAUGGCCCCCCAAGGGGUCCAGGACCCCCUAGAAAUGGAGAGGACCCUGAUCAGAGUGAGGCGUCUUCAGAAGAAGAGUCAGGAGUGGAUCAGGAACUCUCAAGAGAGAAUGAGGCUGGGCAGCAGGAGGAUGAAAACCAUUCUUUUCUUUCCAUUCCAUCUGCUUGCAACUGCCAGGGAACCCCUGGAUUCCCUGAAGAGCCUUACUCUGGGGGAGGAGAGAACUCUUCUAGCAACUUUUGCCACCAUUGUAUGUCUCCAGCUUUAGGAGAACAUGAAGAGUUGGAAGAGGAAUAUGAUGAUGAGGAACCCAAGUUCCCCAGUGAUUUUUCUCGUGUGCCCAGUGGAAAGAAACCUCCACCCCGGAGGCAGCGGCACCGUGUUGCAGCCAAGGACGAUACUUGGGAGGGUGGACGCAGGGAUCCCAGGUCCCCUGGUCGACAUCGGCUGGGCCGGAAACGAAGUCAAGCAGAUAAGCGCAGAGGCUUGGGAUUAUGGGGAGCAGAAGAACUGUGUCAGCUUGGACAAGCAGGCUUCUGGUGGCUGAUCGAACUGCUGGUGUUGGUGGGAGAGUAUGUGGAAAGUUGUGGCCAUCUCAUCUAUGCAUGCAGGCAGCUGAAAGGCAGUGAUUUGGACCUUUUUCGAGUCUGGGCAGGAGUCUGGGCAGGGCGACUGGGUGGCUGGGCCCAGGUAAUGUUCCAGUUUCUGAACCAGGGGUUUUGCUAUGGGGCAGGGCUAUUCACCCGUUUUCUUCGGCUACUGGGUGCUUUGCUGCUUCUGGCUCUGGCCCUCUUGUUGGGCUGUCUGCAGGUGGCCUGGCAGUUUCUCGUGAGACUGGGUGACCGGUUAGGCUGGAGGGCUAAAGCCACCUGGCUCUUCUCUUGGCUGGAUUCUCCCACCUUGCAGCGUUGUCUGAUUGUGCUGAGAGAGAGCAGGCCCUGGCAGCAGAUGGUGAGAAUGGUUCAGUGGGGUUGGCUGGAGUUGCCUUGGGUCAAACAGAGGACUAACAGACAAGAGAAUGCACCUGUAGCUAGUGGUCGCUAUUACCAGCCUGAAGAGGAAGUGACUCGACUCUUGACCAUGGCUGGGGUUCCUGAAGAUGAGCUAAACCCGUUCCACGUCUUGGGGGUUGAAGCCACAGCAUCAGACGCUGAAAUGAAGAAGGCCUAUAGGCAGUUGGCAGUAAUGCCCUUUGUAUUCAGCAUGUUUCUAUGAAAAUUGAAGCUUCUGUUUUUUUUUUUGUGGCUCACAUAAACUUAAACCUUGUUUAUUUGGCCCGUGUUAGCCUUUGAGUUUGACAUGCUUGUCCUAAAUAGACAUAUUUCUAAAGUGCACGUACGGAAGGCCAAGAGACAUAUGAAAACAUGCUCAAAGUCACUAAUCAUCUGAGAGAUGCAAGUCAAAACGACAAUGAGGUACCAUCUCACACCUGUCAGAAUAGCUAUCCUCAACAAAUCAACGAACAAGUGCUGGCGAGGAUGUAGAGAAAAAGGAACCCUCUUGCACUGCUGGUGGGAAUGCAGACUGUGCAGCCACUGUGGAAAACAGUGUGGAUUUUCCUCCAAAAAUUAAAAAUGGAACUCCCUUUUGAUCCAGUAAUCCCACUCCUAGGAAUAUAUCCCAAGAAAUCAAACACCAAUGAGGAUAUAUGCACCCCUAUGUUCAUAGCAGCACAAUUUACAAUAGCUAAGAUUUGGAAACAGCCUAAGUGCCCAUCAGCAGAUGAGUGGACUAAAAAACUGUGGUACAUCUACACAAUGGAAUUAUCACACUGCUGUAAAAAAGAAAGAACUCUUAAUCAUUUGAAACAGGAUGAAUGGACCUAGAGAGCAUUAUGCUAAGUGAAAUAAGCCAGUCGGAGAAAGAUAAAUAUCACAUGAUCUCACUCAUUUGUGGAAUAUAAUGAACAACAUAAACUGAUGAACAAAAAUAGAUGCAGAGUCGUAGAAGCAUCGAACAGACUGUCAAACCUCGGAGGGAAGGUAGGGCAGGAUGGGUAAGAGAUCAACCAAAGGACUUACAUGCAUGCAUAUAAGCAUAACCAAUGGACACAGACAGUAGCAGGGUGAGGUUAUGUGCUGGGGGGUGGGAGCGGCUGGGGAGAGGUCAAUGGGGGGAAAAAGGAGACAUGUA